GUUAACAACAAUCGCAAUUCAGGCCGUUAUUAUAAUGUUGCAGGUGCUGGUGGAGGUGGGUGUGGUAAGAAUGGAAAUGGUCACCAACCGAAUCAUAUUUAUACAAAUAAAGUGAUUCCGUCAUCAUUGAUGGCCAAAUACACGAGUGCUGGCAGCUACAUGCAUGGGGGUACUUCAAUGAUGACAACUCAUAUACCGACACACGAUUCACAUACAAACCAACAUAGUCACAACAAUCACACAUCUGUCACCCAGGCUUAUUACCCCAAUCACUCCAAUACAUCAUCCUAUGGUUAUCAAAGAAACCGUUAUAUGCCUUAUAACCGCUGCAACACACCGAAUUCAUCUCAACACCAACCGCUACAUACUACUAGUGCUAUUUCAACUUCGGUUUUAAGCAACGGUACCGCCUACAAUCAGUUUGCUACGCCUAUAUACCAAACAUGCCCACCAGGUAUGGGACAAACUAUAACAUCAACUACACCGCUACCCACGGCAUCGGUACAGGCACCUUUACAUUCACAUUCGAUGGCCACAACCACUGCAUCACAAUGUUUAGCUGGAUCAUCAGAAUUUACGUAUGCCCAUGCUGUAGCUUCAUCAUUGGCACCAAAUAUUGUCACCACAAAUGUGUCAACCACUGAUAAUAAAAGCUCAUCUGUUUCUCUAGCAACGGUUGUAACUUCUUCCAGUAGCUCUGGUGGUACCGUCAUGACUUCAACUCCAUAUAGUACUACCCAAUCGUAUACAACGGUUAGCGACCCUAACGACACGGUUACAUUACAAAUAACAAAUCUCGAUUUCUCUAUGGAUGAAGCCAGUUUAAGGAAUUUCCUUCUAAAUCAACUAAAACCUAUAACUCCAGUAGUGUCCUUAACAUUCGAGGGUAGUUCAUAUGCUAAAGUAACAGUGCCGGAUUUGUAUUUUGCGAAACAAGUAGUUUCAAAUUUACACCGCAAGAAAAUUGGCCAUAAACGAAUGUUGGUAUCAUACACACGCGAUUCUUCUUUAACUGAAAUAAAUACUUUAAGAUGUCAAGUAGCUGGACUACUUAAGGAUGUUCCUUGCUAUACUCUACCCAUGUAUAAGUUUCGUGAACUAUUUCAAUCGCGUUUUAAAACAUCCAUCAGUGUGUUGGACCUUUAUAAGAUGCAGGACAUUUGCAUUAUUAAUUCGGACAACAAUGAGGAGAAAUUUAUUACAUUGCAUCCAGAUUUAGUUAACUCGUUGGAAAGUUCUCCCCUAAUGGAGGGAUUACAACACAGUGUUCCCUAUUGCACCAUACACUUUAAGAGAGAACAACAUAAGGGAUGGGCUGAGCAGGAAAUUGAACCCCUACCAAAUGUAUUCAUGACUAUAACUGAAAUACAACAAAUUAUACAUCCUUUGUUGAAAAAUCAUGCCGGAGAUAUACCGGUAGCUUCUCUAGUACAUUGCAUUGAGGGACAAUUGAAGACUCAAAUUAUUCCUAAUGAUAGUGGUGUCAAUUUGGAGCAUUUGGUUUGUUGUGUUCAGGGCAUACAAAUAACCGUUAACAAUUUUGGCAUUAAAAUUUUGGGUUGGUUGGAAUUGAACAAGGAAAAUGCUGGCUCAUCUAACCAAUUAUAUUCAAAGAAUUCCAUAUCCGAUCCAUUAUAUCAAAUUUCUCGUGAAGUUAUAGAGCUGGUGAAAAUGUCCCCAAAGGCUACCAUGAAAUUUAAUCGCUUCAUACCAGCAUAUCAUAACCACUUUGGUAAACAGUGUCGUGUAGCAGAUUAUGGCUACACAAAACUUAUCGAACUAUUCGAAGCUCUGUCAGCCGUUGUUCAAAUAAUGGGUGAUGGAGAAAAUCGCCAGAUAACAUUGACUCAUCGGACCCAAAUACGCCGUUUCACUUCUGAUUUAUUAAGAGUUCUUCGUGCACAUGGCAAUAAAUCGGCGCUGCUGUCGCAAUUGCCAACUAUUUUUGCCCAAACUCAAAAUAGAACAUUUGAUGUUACCGAUUAUGGGGUGUGUGAUAUUGUCGAUAUCUUGGAUGGCCUCGUAAACUCCAACAUUGUUGUAGUCUCCAGAGUCCAAAACGGCAAAGACAUACUGAUCUCAAUUCCUAAGCGUAAACAAACCGCUAGUGAACUGGAAAAAACGUGUAUUUUUGCCGGGGAAAUUGUAGAAUUGUUUUGUAAUGCUCCCCAGUAUACAAUACUGUUUCAAAAGUUUGUUCGCUCAUAUCAUUAUCACUUUGGUUACCAAUGUCGUUUGAGCGAUUACGGCUUUCAAAAGCUUGCUGAUCUUAUGGAAGCUGUUCAUGGUGUUGUUGAAAUGGAGCUAACUAAUGAUGAGGACAAGAAAAUAUACUUAACUUCAAAGGUGGCUAGAAGAGUUUUUGCGGAACAAGUUGAGGAACUUAUAGCUAAAACAACUGGUUCUUCAAAAAAGUCUAUGAAGUUGGAGGACGUUAUGAAGUUGCACAAAAAGAAAUAUGGGUAUCAAAUAACACCUCAAUCUUUAGGUGUUAAAGAUAUUGCAAAAGCGAUCGAAUUUUUGCCAUAUGUAGAGGUUUACCAAAAAGAUGAAAGCAAAUGGAUUAUAUGCCACAAUGGCGAUACCGCUUUUCGUAAUCUUUCUUAUAAGGCAAGCAAAUAUCUUUUGGCUUACGAAAUGGAAAAGUAUGAUCAGAAAGAUUCGAAUGAACAACAAGCUGUCAUUUCACCGGAGGAGCUGAAAAAAUCAUUAACAUUAAGCGACUUUAUAAAAGGUUUCAAUGAAAAAUUCAAAGAAAACACAACUGAGUCAACAGUAAGAGCCAUGAAACAUGCUCUAGAGAUUACAACUGAAAACAAUAUUUCCUAUGUGAGCAUAUCAGCAUUUAUGAAAUUUUUGAUGAAUGUUAUACGUUUGUUGGAGCAGCGCUCAACGAUGAUAGUACAUGAUAUUAAAACCGCAUUGGAUUGCACAAUAACUACAACUUUUGAAUUUGGAUAUCCGAAUUUAUUCUCAAUUUUAACAGCUUAUGAUGAUAUAUUUAAUGUAAAUCUGGGUGUAACACAAGAACGUUCAGAAAUUACCCUCGUACCGAAUUCAGAGAUGCGUUUAACAGCAUAUGCUAAUCACAAGCACAUGUUUGGAUCUAUAAAAGUACCCUAUAACAAACAGAAAAGUUUACGCCCUUCUCGUCCACCAUUAAGCGAGCAUAAUAGUCGUAAUUCUAGUAUCCAAGGACCUCCAGCUAAAACUCGUGCUAUAUCUUCGGACUCCUCUUCUUCUUCCUAUAACAACUCUUACUCAUCGUCCAACAACUAUCGGUCUCACAACUCUUCGAAUUAUUAUCAACAGAACUCUAGAUCUUCGUCAUCUUCUUCUAAAAAUUACACCAGCGGCAAUUCAUUUAAUAAUCUAAGUAAUUCAUCGAUUUAUUCGACGGCCUCUCAUCAUUCCAACAUGUUUAAUACAUCCAUGUCGAAUAACAAGGAAAAUUCCUUUAACUCUUCUAUAAUGUUUAAUCAAUCGUUCAACACCUCCUCGAAUACAUCAGGGGCUUCAUAUUGCGAAUUAAAUGGUAGUGGAAAUAAUUCGGGUAAUCCAAUGGGCGGUUUGCAACCGCCCUCGCAAUCCCAAACACAACCACAGCUAGAAAUGAAUAUAACAAAUUCUGUUCAACUGCAACAAGUGUCACCUGUAUAUCCCACUUCUAAAUUGUGGGAUCGUCGACAUGGUUGUAACAUUUAUCAGCAACAACCAUUUAUGGACGUCACUACGAACAUGACCACAACAAAUUUACCAACACUGAUGAUGCCUCCUCCCCAAGUACCAGCCCCGACACAAACACUUACGAUGCCAAACCAACCUACUUUUCUACCAAUCACCACGGAAGCUUCAACUGGUCUCUAUGAGUUAGUUAAUAACAUACAAAUGUGUCCAACAUAUCAGCCUCCCAAGCCUGAUACACCACCAUCAGAGAAUAUGCCAUUUUGGAUAGACCCGAUUUGGACAAACAACAACAAUAGUGAAAAACCCAAGGAUGAUUUGUUAAAUAUACGUUUGCCGGAACUCAAAGCUCUAAACGUUUUACCCAUGUUAUUAUCCCCUUAUAGUUUAUCGAAAACUGAAAAUAUGAAACAAGUUUUCAAUUUCGAUUCACAUGAUAGAAAAAUUGCCUAAUUUAUUUAUAUUUUUACUUUACUACCCAAAAUUUACUUAUUAAUUGUCAUUAUUUAUAACUUUUUACUUUCGCCUAAAAAUGUU